GAGAAAACGAGGUUCUGUAAUUGGAUUGGAUGAAGGACUACUACUCUGUGACUAAAAAGCAAUCAACUCUUGGUGGCAGUUGUGAAUGGAAACUCAUAACCACAUAUCAUGAGCAUCUUUCUGUACAGCCUGGUUCUCUGGAGUGGAGCUGCAGAUGUUGGACAACACACUGACCAGUUCGGAGAACAUUUCUUUUGAUACGGUUGGCAGCGCUAAUGUAGAAUCUGCAACUGGAAAUUUACUCGAUUCAAAUGAGGACGAUUUCUAUGAAUCGUAUGGAAUAAAGGUGUUGCCAAGUUUUCUGGAAUUCACAGCUGUUUUCGACGGUGAGAAGUUCAGUAAAGAAGUGGUCAUCAGAAAUAUUAGUAAAAAGAGUGUUGAAAUCUACCUGAAGCAACCGAUUUCCAUUGCUUUCCAAAUAAUUGAUAAUGGCACCAAAAUUUCCCUGGCCCCUGGGUUAUCAGUCAAAAGAACAGUGGUUUUCCAAUACAGGCCUGAUACUCUGUUGUCCAGUUUUUUCACUAUCAGAAUAAAAGAUGCGCUCAUUGAAAUUCCAAUAUUCUUUAAACGAGUCCACACAAAGUUCUCGGUCACUCCGGCGAAUCUAGACUUCGGAAAAGUGGACGUCGGAUCUCCAUUGGUCAGCAAAAAUGUCAAAAUGGAAAAUCUAGCAGCCGUCGCUGCCCAAUACAAAGUUGUAAUUGGUCCCAAUGAGAAUCACAUACAAGUGAUACCAUCCAAGGGCUUCAUUCGACCCAAUGAGACGCAUAUGCUAAGGGUGCAGUUUUAUCCAACCGUCCCCGGACAAAUUUAUCAUGUCAUAAGUGUGAUGCCCUCCUCUGCUAAGUCACAAGGGGAUUGGAGACAGAAGCACGACAUAUUCUGCACGAUUACGCUGGAAGCAGAUAUUAUAAAGCCGUCUCUGGUUGCCAUCCACCCCAACACAACGGGCGAGUUCACACUGUGCGACUUUCCGCUGACAUUCUCGUCCACCACACGCUACGACACAGUCGCCGUUUGUAACACCUCUGCGCAGUAUGCCACAUUCGUGGUGCUCGGCGAGAUGAUGAACACCCUUUUUGAAUUGAAAUCGGCUAGAAAGAUAAAUUCGAACUAUAAGAUGUUUUCCGUUCAGCCCACCGAAGGCAGAAUUGCUCCAUUUGAAGAAAUAGUAUUGAAAAUCAUCUACAAACCAUCAAUUGAAAAUGAAGAGAAAGGCUGGAAGUAUGUAGAAGAGAACUGUCUACAGAAGUCUCAUUUCUGUUUCUUCAAAAUUGUAAUGGUUGAAGUAAAGGACCAUAUUGAUUUUAAUGGUCACGAACAUACCUCCAAAACUGAUACUAGUAGCAGUAUUGACGAUGAAGCAGAUGUUUACAACAAAGAUAUGCUACGCAGUUACGACUCGGCCAACUUUAGCAGCUCUCAGGGCUUCCGUCUGUGUCUUCACGGCCUGUUCACGUCGCCCGUGCUUCAUGUGACGCCUGCGCGACUGUCGUUCACCGGCCUGCGACUGGGCGGCGGCGGCGACGACUCGAGUCGCGCGACUGUCACAGUCGCCAACCGGUCGCUGUUGUCGCUCGGGUGUCGCGCGGUUGCGCAGAGCUAUGUGCGCGUCACGCCUGCCCUGCUCUUCUUGGAGGCGGGUGCCUCUGUUGAGAUCGAGGUGGCUGUUGCCGCUCAUGCUAUUGGUACUUUCAAGAGAGUGGUAAAGCUGGAAUGUUUGUCAAUGGAGAAUGUAACUGAUGCCAGCGGACAGAAAGUGAUCGGGGAAACCAAAUUCAUAGUGGAGGGGAAUGUGGAAGUAUGCACUAAGAGGCCACAGCCCAAGCUGAAUUUAGGUAUAGCCUAUAUAAACGAUUUGGCAACGGUGCAGUGUUGGAAAAGGAUAGGGCAAUCUCCUUUGUUCAAUUACAGAGUAGCUUAG